UUCUACCAUUACACACACACACACAUAAUGAAAAUAAAAGAAAAAAGAGAAAAGAACAGUACUUUUUAUAAAUAAGUGUGUAUAAUAAAAAGGCACUAGUAAUUAAAAAGCAGAGAGAGAAUAGUACUAAUGCUAGUAUCCAUAGCUGUAAUGUUGCAGGUCUGAUUUUUGCAGACAGAGGUCCUUCUUGGGCACAACUUCUUUUAACUUUAUCUUCUCCAAAUAAUUCUCUUUCUUUUACAUUUUACAUUUAUUUAUUUAUUUAUGUACAUUACAUUUUCUUCCUCUCUCUCUCUCUGCCAGAGAACGAUGUGAUUGAACACUACACUACCCCUUCUUAUACUCUCCCAGCUCUCAGCUCAACCCCCUACCCCCCUUAACCCCAUCACCCCCACCAGGCCAAAAAUUACUUCUUUCUUUCUUUCUUUCUUCAAAUUUUGUCAUAAUUCUGAGUAAUUAUUCCUCCAUUCUCUAUCUCAAAUAUCAAUGUCGGUAAGCCCAAGAAGAAGUGGCUUUCAUACUUUCCAUUUCAAAACAACCAUUUUUGCAGAGUCAGUCUUGAGUUAGUCAAAGCUUCACUUCUCCACUAGUAGUCAUCAUAAUAAAAAGUUUAACUCUUUGACAGUGACUUAUUAGUAUUGGCUUCUUUUAUUUGUUGCUGGUCUCUGAGCUCUCUUCUUGUUAAGCAGAGUCAGUCUUGAGCUCUCAAGUUUUUUGAGAGAGAGAGAAAAAAAACCAAUGGCAGCAUUUUCAUUUGUUAUGCUACAAAGGUGUAAUCUUUUCUCUAAGUUUCUUAUUGUUGGGUUCUUGCUGUUUUUGAGCUUUGGUUCUGUGGUUUCUGAGGAUGGUUCAACAUUGUUGGAGAUUAAGAAGUCAUUUAGAGACGUGGAAAAUGUGUUGUAUGACUGGACAGACUCUCCCUCAUCUGAUUACUGUGCUUGGAGAGGUGUUACCUGUGACAAUGUUACCUUCAAUAUUAUUUCACUUAAUCUUUCUAGUUUAAAUCUUGAUGGGGAGUUAUCUCCUGCAAUAGGACAGCUCAAAGACCUGAUAUCUAUUGAUUUAAGGGGAAAUCGCCUCACGGGGCAGAUACCAGAUGAGAUUGGUGACUGUUCAGCCUUGAAAAAUUUGGACUUAUCCUUUAAUGAGCUUUAUGGUGAUAUUCCCUUUUCCAUAUCAAAACUUAAGCAGCUGGAAUAUCUGAUUUUGAAAAAUAAUCAGUUGAUUGGCCCAAUUCCAUCGACAUUGUCACAGAUCCCAAAUUUGAAAGUUUUAGACCUGGCUCAAAACAAGUUGAGUGGAGAAAUUCCUAGGCUUAUAUAUUGGAAUGAAGUCCUUCAGUAUCUGGGACUACGCGGUAACAACUUGGGUGGAUCACUUUCUCCUGAUAUGUGUCAGCUCACUGGCCUGUGGUAUUUUGAUGUUCGGAACAAUAGUUUGACUGGUUCCAUUCCUCAAAACAUUGGCAAUUGUACUGCCUUCCAAGUCCUAGAUUUGUCUUAUAAUGAGUUGACCGGAGAGAUUCCUUUCAACAUUGGUUUCCUGCAAGUAGCUACCUUGUCUUUGCAAGGUAAUCGUCUUUCAGGGCAGAUCCCUUCUGUCAUUGGAUUGAUGCAGGCUCUUGCAGUUCUGGACUUGAGCUGCAAUAAUUUGAGCGGAAUAAUUCCUUCAAUUCUUGGGAAUUUGACCUACACCGAGAAAUUGUAUUUGCAUGGGAACAAGCUAACUGGCCCCAUUCCGCCAGAGCUUGGGAAUAUGUCAAAGCUCCAUUACCUGGAAUUGAAUGAUAACCAACUCACUGGACGCAUUCCACCAGAACUGGGGAAGCUAAAUGAGUUGUUUGACUUAAAUGUUGCAAACAAUAACCUUGAUGGGCCCAUACCAUCCAAUCUUAGCUCUUGUACCAAUCUGAACAGUCUCAAUGUUCACGGAAACAAAUUGAAUGGAACAAUUCCACCUGCCUUUCAAAAGCUCGAAAGCAUGACCUAUCUGAAUCUCUCCUCCAACAACCUCAAAGGUCCAAUUCCAAUUGAGCUUUCUCGUAUUGGGAAUUUGGACACGCUGGACUUAUCAAACAACAGGAUCAGUGGUUCUAUACCUUCUUCCCUUGGUGAUUUGGAACAUCUUCUUAAACUGAACUUAAGCAAGAAUGAUAUACAUGGAUACUUGCCAGCAGAAUUUGGCAAUUUAAGAAGCAUCAUGGAGAUUGAUUUGUCAAGAAAUCUCCUAUCUGGUCCCAUACCUCAGGAACUUGGUCAACUUCAAAAUCUCUACUUGCUGAAGGUGGAGAACAACAAUUUAUCAGGCGAUGUCAUGUCAUUAGCCAGUUGCCUCAGUCUAAAUGUCCUGAAUGUCUCGUACAAUAAUCUGGGUGGGAAUAUUCCAACAGGAAAUAAUUUCUCUAGAUUUUCACCUGAUAGCUUCAUAGGAAAUCCAGAUCUAUGUGGAUAUUGGCUCAGUUCUCCUUGUCAUGCUUCCCAUCCAACAGAGCGAGUUUCAAUUUCUAAAGCAGCUAUACUUGGUAUUGCUUUGGGUGGUUUGGUGAUUCUUCUGAUGAUACUGGUAGCAGCAUGCCGGCCACAGAAUCCUGCACCCUUCUUGGAAGGGUCUAUUGACAAACCAGUCAAUUACUCAUCUCCGAAGCUUGUUAUCCUUCAUAUGAACAUGGCACUUCAUGUUUAUGAAGACAUCAUGAGGAUGACUGAGAACUUGAGUGAGAAGUUUAUAAUUGGUUCUGGGGCAUCAAGCACUGUAUAUAAAUGUGUUCUGAAAAAUUGCAAGCCAGUAGCUAUCAAGAAAUUGUACUCUCACAACCCCCAAUACUUGAAGGAAUUCGAGACUGAACUUGAGACAGUUGGGAGCAUUAAGCAUCGUAAUCUUGUCAGCCUCCAAGGAUAUUCACUUUCUCCAUGUGGCCAUCUUCUUUUUUAUGACUACAUGGAAAAUGGUAGCCUUUGGGAUUUGCUUCAUGGUCCUAGUAAGAAGAAAAAACUUGAUUGGGAUACUCGCAUUCGAAUUGCAUUGGGAUCAGCUCAAGGCCUUGCAUAUCUUCACCAUGAUUGUAGCCCUCGAAUAAUCCACCGGGAUGUUAAAUCAUCAAAUAUUUUGUUGGACAGAGACUUUGAAGCUCACCUGACUGAUUUUGGCAUUGCUAAAAGCUUAUGCACAUCCAAGACCUACACAUCCACAUACAUUAUGGGAACCAUUGGUUAUAUUGAUCCAGAGUAUGCUCGUACUUCUCGCCUCACGGAGAAGUCUGAUGUCUACAGCUAUGGAAUUGUUUUAUUGGAAUUGCUCACCGGAAGGAAAGCUGUGGAUAAUGAAUCAAAUCUACACCAUACGAUUCUAACAAAGGCAGCAAAUAAUGCUGUUAUGGAAACAGUGGAUCCUGAGAUCACAGCCACAUGCAAAGAUCUUGGAGAUGUAAAGAAGGUUUUUCAGCUUGCCCUUCUAUGUACUAAAAGACAGCCAGCUGAAAGGCCAACAAUGCAUGAAGUGGCCAGAGUACUCGAAAGCUUAGUACCCGUAGCUGAAACGAAACAGCCGAAUCCAACCCCACCUGCAUUGCUCCCAUCAGCUAAGGUUCCCUGCUACAUGGAUGAAUAUGUCAACCUCGAGACACCCCACCUAGUGAAUUGUUCAUCUAUGAGCACUUCAGAUGCUCAACUUUUUCUUAAAUUUGGAGAGGUGAUAUCCCAGAAUAGUGUCUGAAAAACAUAUUGAGUGUUGUUACAAAUCAGUAUUUUGUUUAAAAGAAAAAAAUAUCUAUCUUGAAGCAUCAGGAUUUAGUGAGAUUUUGUAUAAAAAUGUGGUGACAAGUAUAAUAUUAUUGUAGGUAGUUUGUAGUAAGAUGCAUAGUGGACCAAGCUUUUCCACUCCAUAGGUCUAGUGUUUGUGUAUCUCAAAAUUCAUGUAUAAAUAUUUCACUUUUUACCCUUGUCAAAUUGGAAGAAGUAGUAUUAAAUUAUUGGUUUUGGGGCCA